CAGCACUUACAAACAAAUCCCUUUCUUCCUCUCCCACUCAUUCUCAUGCUCACUUUUCUUCUUCCAUGGAACCCUUCUAGCCUCCACCUUCAUGCUACACUUUAUACCCUUUUCAACGCGUCUCAUUCCCAUCUCCAUUUUCUAGGUGCUGCAUCGCCUCAAUUCCCUCAUUCUCUUUCUUCAAUUCUUCUCUAUCCAACCUCCAUUGCCCAUAACGCCCUCGUUGAUCACACCCCACCUCUUCAUUCAUUGUUUCCGAGCUUAAUCUAGCUGGUUCAGAUCUUGGGUUUCAAAUCAAACUUCGUGCAAAUCUUGAAUUCCAAUGAAAUAAUUAUUCUUUCUUUUUUUUAUUUUUAAGUCAGAAAAUGGAGAUUUCUAGUGGAGGUUGUUCUCCUAGGAUUAGGUCCGAUCAUACUCGGAAAGAGGGAUCCGGGGGAACCCCUUUACAAGAACAGGGUCUAGAGUUGGAACUAUCUAAUCGUGAUAACAAUUAUCAAAUCCAAUCAAUGAAUGCUUUGGAUAUUCUAAGAGAGACUGUGAGGAUUCUUAGGUUUAAUUCAUGGGGUUUCAUGGCAAUCACUGUUAUGCUUAUUUGUCCUGUUUCUGCUGUGCUUUUGUCUAAUGUAAUAGUGGAUGAUUCUAUUGUGAGGAACCUUUCUGUUAGGCUUAUGUUGGUUGCUAAGACUAGUGGUCUCCCUCUGAGACCUAUUAUCAAACAAUCUUGCCAGCGUUUUGCGGAAACUGUGAUUUCUUCGGGUAUGUGCUUUCCUUUGUAUGCUACAUUGUUGUUGUUGUCGAAAGCUGCGGUUGUCUAUUCUGUAGAUUGUACUUAUUCGAGGAAGAAGUUUGAUGCUUCCAAGUUUUGUGUGAUUGUUGGCAAGUUUUGGAGGAAGAUCCUUUCGACCUAUAUGUGGGUGUGUACAGUAGUAGUUGGUUGUGUCACCAUGUUUUGUGUUUUCCUUGUCGCGUUCUGCAGUGCAUUGGCUGUUCUUGGGUUUUCUCCGGAUGUCAUUGUGUGUUGUGCAGUGAUGGUUGGGCUAGUUUUCUCUGUCGUCUUUGCCAAUGCCAUAAUCAUUUGCAACAUUGCAAUGGUGAUCACUGUGCUGGAGGAUGUAUCGGGGGCACAGGCAAUGCUGCGGUCUAGUAUGUUAAUCAAGGGUCAAACUCAGGUGGGUUUGCUAAUAUUUCUUGGAUCAACGAUAGGAAUGGCCUUUGUGGAGGGCUUGUUUGAGCACAGAGUCAAGACACUGAGCUAUGGUGAUGGAUCUUCAAGAGUGUGGGAAGGACCCCUCUUGGUGGUAAUGUAUUCAUUUGUGAUGCUUAUAGAUUCCAUGAUGAAUGCAGUUUUCUAUUUCAGUUGUAGAUCUUCUUGCAUGGUGACCUCAGAUGGUGAAGGCAACUCAAUUUUAGAAACUAUGGCCAUCUCUGCUGAAACAAUGGGCAUUCAAUGACAUUGACAGCAUGAUAUUGAUUAUAUCAAUUGAAUUAAUAAGAUGAAGAGGCAAGCUGUAAGAGGUUGUCCCGGCAAACUGUGUUGCCAUUGAGGAACCUUGCAACAAUACUUCCUCAGAACAUUGGAUACGAGAGCUAUAUAGGGUGGAUGACUUCCAAUGGCUUUUACCUUAAUGAGAUAUCUCAUUUCAGAUACAUGGACAUUGCUUCUUUUAGUUAUUUUACAAGCAUGGAAAACCUUAAAAGCAGGGUAAUCAAUGUUUUUGUUUUCUUCAGUGUCAGUGGAAAAGAUAAUAUUUUGUAAACAAACAGAAGAAAUUCAUUUGAAUUGAAGCAUGUUUUCAUUGUUCCCAGUUGACACAUAGUUACUACCAAUCUCUUGGAAGCUUCUACCUUAAUACUGUGUAGGGUAACGUUGGGACAUUUUAUGUUUUAUUGAUCUUUUGUUUCAACCAUUAAUGAACUACAGUUAAUUUAUUUUGACUUAUAUGCUCAUCACUUUGUCUGUACCAAUUGAGAAAGACAAAUGUAUUAAAUUAUGUUCUUUUCUCUGCCUCCAUUGUUUACAAAUAUCUCCUGAUGUUUGAAAGUUUCUCCUCUUUUGUUCUAAAUAGAUUAGGGGUCUUUCAAGGCUAGGGCAUGCCACAAGCUUCAGUGCUGUCUUGUGAUGGUGUUUACAAAUCCACCUACCAAGGGGAAGUACAUGCAGUCGUGUUUCAAAGUUUGUUAUGUAAUUCAAUGGCCUUUAAUGCCUUUUACAAUUUUGAAUUUAUUGUUAAAUUUUAUACAUAUAAUGAAUAUAAUCAGUAUGUACUAAGUGGAUUCUUGAAAAUGUAUACCAAGAUCAUUUGAAUUAAAAAAUCUCAUUAU